AUGGAUCUCCAAGCUGUUGGAGAAGCUCGAAAAUUACAAUUGAAUGAGCUGGAAGAGAUGAGGUUUUUCUCUUAUGAAAAUGCUAAGUUGUAUAAGGAGAAAACUAAGAGGUGGCAUGACCAGAAAAUUCAAGCUCGAGUGUUUGAGAAGGGGCAGCAGGUGUUACUCUUUAACUCGUGCUUGAAGUUGUUUCCUGGCAAAUUGAAGUCCCGUUGGGUAAGGCCACUCGCCGUGGUCAAUUUUUAUCCCUUUGGAGCAGUUGAAGUUCGAGAAAAUCAAUCCGGAAGGGAGUUUAAAGUGAAUGGGCAGCGCUUGAAGCAUUAUUGGGGAGGUGAGGUCGACCAUGAGAAGACAUCUAUCACUUUAGAGGAACCUUAA